AUGUGUCGGAUAGAGGAGCGCAUCGAGUACAGCCCUGAUGGGCGACCCAUGACAUCUUCUCGGGCCCGCCUGUGCGAGAAAGCACGCGAUAGAAAACCAUGCCGGGACGCAGUGGUCAUACCCUAUCGAUACAACCCCAAGAGAGGCUCCCCAGGCCGCGACGACACGCCAUCCCCGAUAAACCCACCAACUCCUACUGGCAGUGGAACAUACCUAGUUCAAACACGUCGCCCAUCGGGCAGUGGCAGCCGCCCUUCUACUCGGGAUGGCCAACGGCCCAUCAGCACUGAGAUUAUCAUUGGGUUUGGUUCCAAGAAAGACAAGACCAAAAAAUACCCAUCGAUCUCUGUCUCCAGCAAACCGUUUGACCGGUCUUCCCUCGGCUCCAGAGGAUCUCACGAAGCAGUCAUUGAGCCGGUAGGCUCCGAUGCCUCAUACCCUCUACGAACAGGCUUUCCAGAGGCACCUCUGCCUCCAACGGCAACUUUUGAUAAUCCCAAUAACUAUCUUGCCACUCCCACCAUGUCCUACGGAUAUCGUCCUUCGCAUGUUCCGUCAGCAUCUUCCAGCCAAACACCAUCGCUCUAUGCAGACGAUGACCCACCGGCUAGGCCGCGGAAUUCAAGACAUCCUGCCACUAUCAUCCACAACCCGCCUCCUGUCACUCCAUCCUCGCCGUCUCAGCGCCCGACUGGAAUGUCAUCUAGCUCAUACCGGACCUCAAAUGUCGUUCCACGAGACUCCUACCAGAACCCACUUGACAACGACGUCUUUGCCGACAACUCCUCGUACAGUGGCUCAAGUAUUCCUGAAGUCAAUCGUCGUUCCAAGAACGGUGACGAGCGACAGAGGCAGCCCAAAUCUAGCCGACGUCAAGAGGAGUCUGAGCGACAGGCAGCUGAAGAAGCUGCGAAAGCUGAAAGGGAGAACGAAAGGCAUGUGCGUUUCGAACUUGGCCGUGCAGACAGUCGCGCGAAAGAAAGGGCAGAAAAGCACCUAGCUGAGAAGGAAAAGGACCGAGCAGUAGCCAGAGAGGAGUCUCGCCGUCUCAAAGAUGAAGAACGUCGUCUCAAGGAAGAAGAGCGUUUGCGACAAGAGCAGAAAGAUCUCGAGAAGGCAGCGAGAGACCGGAAGAAGGAGCGGUCGAAGCCUCCAACAACCGACUACUCAAGCAAACGACCAUCUGCAGGACGCAGAAUGUCCUCAACCAUGACGCCAGCUCAGUUAGCCGACCAGCAACGCCUGAUCGAAUUUGAGAAGGCGCAGAUGCGUAGUGAGAGGCAGAUUGCAGAAGCUCGAGAACGAGAUGAACUAGUGGCGGCAAAUCUCAAGAGCCAACAGGAGAAACCUGGCUACUGGGACCCGCGUGGCGGCGACCGCUCGCUUUCAAAUCGACGAGAGUCAAUGACUCGCCACGAUAGCGUUACCUCGCGUCCAGCCGACUCGAGAAAACGUGCGCCUCCACCGUUGUCGUUUCCGAAGAACUUUAACCAGGAAUACGCUACUAGGCCGUCGUCAUCUAGACGCCCUUCGUCCAGUGGUCAGGAGAAUCCCUUCGCAGCUUCAUCUAUGAUGUCGCCUUCCGUAACAUCGCAAGAUCCAUGGGACUUGCGCAACGUCGAAAGUGCGCUCCCGACCCCUCGAUUGCAGAAUGAUAGCCGUUACGGUACGACGCAGACUCAAAGCUAUGUCGAUCCCUUCGCAACAGAUUCUGACAGUCCAUCGGGUGAUUACAUCCAGCCUGCUUAUGCGUCGCGCACAGGACUGAGUCGUAAAGGAUCGAAGAGGAAGCAUUGA